AUGAGUUUAUUCAGUCAGCUGGUUAAAAAGGCACGGGAAUGGCUUGACCUUGAUCCAGAAGAAUUUCAAAACCUACAGGAAUAUAUUAUUUGUUCGGACGUUCCUGUUCCACCUGAAAUAAGAGUCUUAGGUUUGGCAGUAGGAAGCACUCUAAUUGGUUCUUGUCCGAACUCGCUCAAGCGUUCUCUUCUCCACCUUGUCGUUGAGCACGAACAUGGCGAGUUGCUGCCACUACUGCUUCCAAAUUUUAGUUUAUCUGUCCAUGCAAAGUGUGGUGGUAAUACCGCUGCUCAUUUGGCAGCUUACCGCAGAGAUUUAACAAGCUUGGUUCAUCUUUACCGAUACGAUCCCAAAGUUAUUCAUGACGUUGAUAUUGGUGGAUAUACCCCGUUCCGAAUCUUAUAUCAGGAGUUCCUGCGUUUAGCAUUCAAUGGCCAUCAGUUUAAUAGAGAUUAUCCCGGUCAUGUUUACGCAUAUGGCGAAAAUCCAGUUGCGAAUCUCGGUGUUGGGUCUGCAAAAAUUGUCGCUUACCCAUCAUUAGUAGAGUUGCCGAGGGAAUUGAAUCAAAUUGAUCAAAUUUCUCUUGGCCGUUUCCAUUCCUUAUUUCUUAUGGAUGGUAAAGUUUUUACCUGUGGAUCAGGCAGAGAUGCAAGGCUUGGACUUGGAGUUGAACAUGACGUAGCUCUUCCUCAACUUGUAACAUUUCCAGAGCGUAUAAUUUGUGUUGCUGCUGGACUUUCCCAUUCUGUUGCUUGUAGUGCAAGAAAGAUUUAUACCUUUGGUAACAAUGCAAAGUCACAAUUAGGAAUACCCAAGAAAGAUUCUUCACUGGCGCCUGCUGUAGCAUAUAAAUUGAAAUAUUCAGAUGACGUAUUUCGAAGAUGUGUCGCAUGUGAUUCGUAUUCUGCAGCUUUUACUGAACAAGGUCGAUGGUAUAUUGCUGGGUCUAAUAUACCUUUUCAUGGCGAGACGGUAACUCAGUUUGCAUAUUACCCUGAAUUGCAUCAUCGAGAUGCCGUAAUGAAUGAACUCGCACUAGUUUUUGGAGCCUGGGGCUGUUCACCAAAAGUUUCUGUUUGUGCUAAAGCGAAUCUUAUCGACUCGCACAUCUUUCAUUGCGGCUCGCCCUGUUUACGUUGCUUAGGCAUCUUUGAACAUUCAGGCGUGUGCGUACUGGUGGAAUGUGCCCCUCGAAUUACACCUGGCAAACUUUCAAAGGAUGUACCUGUGUACCUCCUUCUAUGUGAGAACCAGCAGCUGUCGGUUUCUCAGAAACUAGAUGUCGAAUUCUUAGAUUCUGUUAAUCAACGAUCGUUGAAAAUACGACAGGCUGCAAUUGCUAAAAAUGGAGGAUUUUUAAUGACUGAUGAGGUUGGAUUAGUGUAUGAAAGUGAUUUAUCCGAUGCUUGGCGCAAAUCUUCGGCUAGCAACUUGAAAGAAAGUAAACUGACUGUGGUUGUCAAUAGGGUGACUGGUAUAGCUCCUGCUAAAGACGUGUAUAUAUCUCCUGAUGGAAAGAAUAAAGCACUCGUGCUUUGUGACUUAAUGCUCAAAGAUUUUGACUGGAUUGAGUUUUGCUGCCUUCCCAAGGAGAGCAUUUACUGUGACGUUUUUUUUUCUCGUUGGAGCGCCUCUAGCAAGAAAGCGAAAUUGACUGUACGCUUCUUUGGUAGCUCGUUUGCAGUCGAUCAGUUUGUCCUCUUUUGUGCUACUCAUCAGAUUUCAAGUGGUUUGACGAGUAAUCAGUUGUUUGAGUUACUUCUGUUUGCUGAUGCGUAUUGCUGCGACAAUUUUUUUGAUUAUGUCGUUGACCAGUACUUAACAGAUCACUUUGACAUUACGACUCUUCGCGAUCUUUACAGUAUCGCUCGGUUCACCAAACGACCGAGAUUAAUAAGAAUCGUGAAUGGCUUAUGUGCUGUGUUUUUUCCGAUACUUUUGGAUCGCGGUUUUGUUACUGAUCUGUCUGAAGAAGAAAUUAGAAAUAUAAGCGAACUGUACAAAAUUAGUAAAUGCACUUCACCUAGUAUAGUUCAUGAAAAUGACUUGAAAUUUCUCUCCUCUGAACGAGAUUUUAUUAGUUACGAAAUGGACUUAAGGAAUAUCUACAAUAAGUUGAUGGAUUCCCACUCAGGAUAUCAAAAUGAAUUGAAAGAAGAGCUACUGACGUCUAACAAGAGCUUGCAGAACACAAAAGUUGAUGUUUGGUUGUUAAAAUUGUUGGAAGAAGUACGAGGAGGUGGUGAAGAUUAUUUGGGAAUCCUGUUCGAUUUGUUCCGUAAGAGUUCUCAGAAGAAUCGAGUUACAACUGCACGGAAGCACCGUCGUAGUGCACAAGAAGAGGCAGUUAGUGACAUAUCGAGGCGUUCCAUUAGUGAAGUAGUCAAGGAGCCAGAGAGAAAUUCAAUCACUGAAACAGAGGUUACCGUUGGUGACUCAUUUUUAAAAGAGAGCUCAAGCGUUGUAACGGAAGCUUCAGGCCUUAGUAACGAGCAAAAAAGUUUAUUGAAAGAGUUUACAAACACUGUAACGCUCACGCCGUCUCGUUCUUUGAGCAGUAACUUCUGCGAAAAGUCAACAGUUAAGAACCAUCUGAGUUCUCCAUUUGCUGACGAUGAAAACGAUUCCAAUAGUGGGUUUGUAAAGUUACCUUCAUCUGGAGAUUUCCCGCGGAAGAUGAAAGGCUGGAAUAUUGUGGAAGACAAGCAGGCACAGUCAGAGCCGCAGUCUUUUCGUGAUAUUUUAAAAAGCGAGGCUGCAAAGCGAGACCUUGAGAGAUUACCGGGUAUUGAGCAAGUUGGCUUCAAAAAGCCAAUAAGGAAGGACGGAAAUCGUCAAUCUGGUUUAAGCUCGACUGUACUCUCAGAAGUUCUGCCGGAGUCAAAAUCCGCGUGGUGCAAGAUAGCUACUGUUGGAAACGAGGCGUCUCCAUCUUUUCAGGAAAUCUUGAACGAUGAAGUUGCACAGCAAAGCGAGUCUAAGAGGGUUACGAGUACUCAUGUUUUAGAUAUUGAAAUGGAAGAGCACGCAAUUAGUGAAUUAGUUAUGCUGUAUGAGGCGGAUGCAGCCCGCAAUGGAUUUGCAGCUACUAUCUCAGUUGAACGUCUUCACGCUUCUCGAAGCAAUCCCCUGUGGUCUGCUCGUAGCUGA